AUGUUAAUAAGCAGUAAAUUGGGUGUAUGCUUAGGUUCAAUAGAAUUCUCGUGUGACCAAAACUCAACCACAGAAACCUAUUACAAAGACAACGAUUGUAAUGGUAAAACCAACUCAGUGUCAUUUAACAACAAUGUCUGCAAUAAAAAUGGUGAAUAUACAACUUGCACAUCAGACCCCAAACCAAAUAUACCAGCAAACUCAUAUGUAAUGGGAGUUUAUCCAAAUACUGUUUUAAAAUGUUAUGAUGAAACAAAAAUUAUACAAUAUAACACAAUUCCUUUAAAUGUAUGUAGUUUUGGUAUCAUCUACACAUGUACAUCAAAAUCAUUAAUAGUAAAAAAAUACUCUGAUGAUAAAUGUUCAAACUAUACAAGUAAAUCAGAAGAGCCAUUGGGAUGUGUUCAUAAUAAUCCAUUUUAUAGAACUAUCUAUUCAUUCUGUACAUAA